UUGCUGUGGUUACAGCCUGGCAACAGUUACGGGGGCGCAGGGAGCUCAGCUCCAUUGCUGUGGUCACAGCUCUGUGACUGCUGCACUGGGCAGUGGAACUGCAAUGGCUGCUACACGCACAGUGGGGCUGGAGAGCCAAGGCAGGAGCGCCAGCACCAUGCGGGGCCAGAAGACAAACCUCAGCGAGCGCAUCCAUGAGCUGCGUGCCAGCAUGGCCUUGCAAGGGCAAGCAAGGAAGUUUUACACCAAGUCACAGGAAGAAAAGUUCAAUCAGAAUGGAGAGCUGCUGCCGCAUCUGCGAGAGGCAGUGCGGGAUGAUGCCCAUGUUCUGGGCCUUAUCCAGAAGGUAUUGGAAGGUCACAUCUGCUGUCUCCCUGCCUGGUGCUGGACCUGCAGAGCCGGCUCCUCCACUGGUCCUCUCCCGGAGCAGGAAGUGCAGGGCAGCAGGAGGCUGGGACUAUCCCCAGGCUGGCGGUGAUGUUCUCUCUGCCCCUCUUCUGCCCACAGCACAAGCUCACCAUCUCUGAGGCUUGUGGAGCGGAGCAGCCCUUGGGCAUCGCUUUGGCCAGUAAGACGUUGGAGGUGGCCCAGGAGAAGCUCCGGGCUGAAAUCUAUGACCAGAUGAACACGUGCAACAUGCUGCUGUACCAGGUGAGGCAGCGGAGCCGGGCCCGGGAGCAGCUGCAGAGGCGGCUGCAGCAGCUGCAGAUAGAUGCCCAGAUGGAUGCCAAGCAGCACCAGGUACAGGUGGUUCGCACGCUGGAGAACAACAUUGAGAAGAUGCAAACAAAAGUCCACGCUGGGCAGAAGGUGACUGCCCUGUACCUGGUGGUGCGGGAUGCCCUAAGGAAGGAGCUGGCCCAUCUGCCUCUGCACCUGGACCUCCUGAGUGAGAUGGCUGAGCUGCAGCAUGGGGAGGUGGAAGACAUGGAGCUCAUGGCCUUGGAUGGUCUCAGAGCUGCUCGUGUAACCAAGGAGCACAUGGCCAGGAUGGAAACCCAGUUCCUUGCAGAGGGAGAGCUCAGGCACCACACCCUGGCUGCUCAGAAAGUGCCCGUAGACAGACGCUGGCUCAAGGAAGCGAGUGAAAGGCUUCUGAAAGCGCAAGCCAGGCAUGACCUCGCUGGGGACUUCCUGAGCCUGCCCGCGCAGGACCCGCUGGUGGCUGCCAAACUGGAGGCCACCAAGUCCCGGCUGGAGCGUGAAGACUGGGUGAUGGAGAAGAUGGAGAAGGCCAAGGCUGCGGUGCAGUGCUCCUGCCUCUGGGACAUCCCCGGCAGGCUCCUGGCACAGCAGAAGUCCCUGGUGGAACUUGAACAGUACCUCACAGAGUGCAAGGAGAAGAAGCAGGAGCUGAAGAAGACACUGAAGGAGCUGGAGAUGAAGCUGGAUGAGCUGAAGUUUCACCAGCCCCCCAACACAACCAGGUGCUGCUGGCCUUGGGACAGUCAUGCCAAGCGGGCCACCAUCCUUGGGGGCAGGGGGACAUGUGCAUGGGAGCUGGCAGAGGAGCUGGGGACGAGGCUGCAGUGGGAAGAGGCUCGGCUGGAACAGAGGCGAGCCCAGCUGCUGAGGAGCCAGGAGGUGCUGCUGGAGUUUGAAAACGGCCUUGACAACCUCUUCAUCCGUCUGCAUGGCAUCACCGUGCCUGGCCAGGAGGAUUCUGUCAAGGCCAUGGGAGUGGAUGAGAAGCUCCAGCAGUGUGAGCAGAAGCUGCAGUACCUGGUGCAGCGGGUGGCUGACCUGCUCCCCUACAGCCACAGCGAGGAUGAUGAGGCUUUUGUGAAGGUCAGACAGCUGCUGGAGAAAACCAUCGCGAAUGAUCUGCAGAACCAGAAGGUUUCCUUGGAGGACAUGGGCAUGAGGGUCCAAGAGGCACUCAUAAAACAGUGCUGCAAAGAGAUGAUGUUUGCUCAAGGGCAGCCAUGCUGGGGGCUUUUGCCAGGGACCUGUGGGCUGGAGACCCAGGACAGUGACACCUCAUCCACUUCUGCAGGGAGACAUCAGCAUCAGACCAAGCUUUCACUGUCAUUUCUACUUGGUCCCUGUGCUUCAUGCUGCUGUCACCUGUGACAUCAUCACUGGCUGGAAGAAAGGCAACAAGCUUUUGGUCACACCAAAUGUUCUUGGUGGGCUUUGGGUGACUGCAGGUGUGGGCACCAGAUCAGCCCCACCACGGCAACCUGCCCUUUCUUAGCCACCUAAAACUCCAUC